AUGGGGUCUACUCCGCUGUUCAAACAGUCGCUUGAUAACGACGAGUUCAGGCCCGUUUGCACGCCUUUCCUCGCCAGCACUGAGCUUCGCCUCGCAGCUUUGAAUGAACCAACUACCGGUGACAUGCAUGGUUUAAGUGGAGCUGACUUUGCUUGUUACCGACAAGCAAGACGAGCUGGAUUAAAAGGAACGUUUCGAGCAUUUUUGAGCUCUAGAGUACAAAAUAUCGACAGUAUAGUUAGGCCGAGUGAUCGAGAUUUGCCAAUUGUGAACAUGAAAGGUGAAGUUCUGUUUAAUUCUUGGAAAGAAAUGUUUAAUGGAAAUGAUGCAUACUUUUCAUCUAAUCCAAGAAUAUACAGUUUUAAUGGCAAGAAUAUCCUGACUGACUUCACUUGGUAA